AACAUCCUAAUUAAUAUUCUUCCAGAAAAAUGUCAAGUGAAUCACUUCCCUUGGAUUUUGACAUUUACCUGAAAGAAACUCUCAUCAACCUGAAAACAGAUGAUGAAAUUUUUUCUCCAUACAUUAAGGGCAUACUAGAGGGAGAUGAGUCGCCAGAAGAUAAAAAUGAAGCUCUGCAAGGAAUAAUUUCGGAAAUAACUGAUUCUGGCAUCGAAGCCAUUUGUGAAGAUAUACUCAAAAAAUGGUCAUCUUGCUCUGGCAAGAAUUCCUGUAACUGUGAAUCUCAACCAAGUCUGAGCCCUGCAUCGCUGGAUAUUCAACUGGCCAAGCUUAUGGAGAAGCAAGCUUCUUGUAUAGCCACAAGUUUGCCACCUAUUAAGAAACCAAUCAGCAGAGAGCAGGAGCAACUCAAACAGGCGGUUCUAGCCCAACAUGCUCAGGUAUCGGCAGUGUGUGAUGAUGGCGAAGAGGAAGAAGUAGAGGAGACGAGGAGUGAUGGACUACUUGCAAAGAACACAAAUGCUGCAGCUGUAGAGCAGGAAAUGCGACAGAAGAGGGAACAGAGAAAACUCGAGCACCAAGUCAAAAAAGAUAAAGACAAAGCUGAAAGAGAGAAACAGAAAGCAAAGGCAGAAGAGAGGAAGGAUAAAGAGAAGAAGCGUACGCAGAAGGGAGAACGAAAGCGGUGAUGUCGAUUCAUUUUUUAGCUUUAUACUGUGCAGCAGAAAAUUUUUAUUGGAAAUUAGCUUUCCAAUUAUAAUUUGUAUGUGGAUACCUGCCAGAUGAAUCUCCUUCAAAUGAUUUUCCAAAUGUACAUUUUUGAGAGUUGUUGCAAAGCCACUGAAAAUUGCUAAAAACGUGAAUUUCAGCAUACUUUGCACUUGUGCGUUAGAUUUUAAAGUGAACCUAUAAUAUUGAGGUGAACUGAUACAGCUGAAUGAAUAUUCACUUAUCAAUUAGGAAUCAGUAAACCAAAUGUGGCGCAAGUCGAUCGCUGCUAAGAGGUUCUUCGAGCCCCAUAUGCACUUAAACAUCCCGUAUAUAUUGCAGGUUUCAUUGAAUACCAGAGAGUAUUUCUUAUCAACAAUUUUCUUACUGUUUUUCUCUAUGCAGCAAAUUAGGCUUUCGAUAGGACUUGAAAAUUCUGAUAUCAGGUUUUCAAUUUACCUUUUAUUAUAAUAUACAUUUGACGUUUCGAAUGCAACUGCAUUCAUUAUCAA